AUCCUUUACCUUUCCUUCUCCCUUUCCUCUGCAAACCCAAAUCUGGUUUCAAACUUCAUCUUCUUCUUAUUCUCUCUCUCUCUCUCUCUCUCUCUCUCUUCUCCCUUCUUCUUCCUUUCUCAAACCCAGAUCUAGGUUUCAUCACAUAAAUUAACCCAAAUCCCCAUUCCAAACACUAAAAAAUAAUUGUGACAAACACAUAAAAUAUCACCAUAACUUCAAUAAUUAUCUCACAUCUCCAAAUCCAGAUAAGAAAUCGUAAACGAAUCACUGUACUCGACGUACCAAACCCAGUCAACUCAUGGCAAUAUCACCAAUAAAUCGGCUCCAACUCAACUAAAAUUCAUUCAAAUCAUCACAGAGAGGAUCCAAAAGUCAAUUGAAGACAUCGAAUACAAAUUAGAGCGAAAACACACCUUAUUCUUUGCCAGUUAUAAAGAGAAGAAUGCUUGCAUCGACUUCUCUCCAAUUUCGAAUGGCAAUUCGAGAAAAAGGACUUCCGACAACGAAGAAGAAGACACAAGCUUCGGUACAAGAUUCAGAGUUUGCAGAGCAGAAUCUGAGUGUGAUGUUUGAGAAAAACCUAAGUUUCGCCACAAGUAUGCGAUGUCGGUCUCCAGGCCAAUGGAAAACAUGAAGAGUAUGCAGCACAUGAGGGAGAAGAAUUUGUAGUUCUUUGUGGAGGAAGCCUAAAAGAGGAAUUCCUUAACCUUGUCGAUUCAGGUUAACAAGGAGGGACCUACAACAAUACCAACAUGAUACAAAAGAUGAAAAUUUUCACAAAUUUGUAGAGAAAAUGAACAUGGCACGACUGAGAGAAACCUAGAUUUGGGUUUGAGAAAGGAAGAAGAAGGGAGAAGAGAGAGAGAGAAUAAGAAGAAGAAAGAAGAAGGAUGAGCAGGGAGAAGGAAAGGAGGAAAAGAUGAGGUUGAAGCUCAUCUGAACCAUUAAAAUUCCCAAAUUCCGUUGAAUUUCGAUUCCAUCUGAAACCAUCUCUGUCCUCGUUGAAGCUCCUUCGACCGGCUAAGCUGAAUUUUUUUGAGCCUUGCUGCUCGAUUGCAGUCCCAUGGUGAUAAGAAACAAAACGUUAUAGUAUAAGAAACAGAACGUUAUAGUACAAGAAACAUAGAGCCACUGU